AUGGAUCCAAGGGUCGGUGUCGGUGUCUUUGUUCUCAACUCUGAGGGCAAAUUUAUCAUCGGCAAGCGUAAGGGAAGUCACGGUGCCGGAGGUCAUUUAGAAUUCGGCGAAGGGUUUGAAACAUGUGGCGAGCGUGAACUCCUCGAGGAGACUGGCUUGGAGGUCCGAAAUCUACAGUUCUGGACAGCUACGAAUAGUGUCUUCAAAGAUGUUACUCCCAAUAAACACUACGUCACCAUCUUCCUUGGAGGUGUCGUCAGUGAUGAAGGGGCUCAGCCGCAGAUCAUGGAACCCAACAAGUGUUCGGCAUGGGAAUGGGUGUCUUGGGAUGAGAUCAGAGUUGACGCAGAGAAGAUGAUAUCAGGUGCAGGGUCUCCAGAGAAGACGCUCUUUCUGCCCUUGGUGGAGCUGUUCACCCAGAGACCUGACUUUAGCGUUUCAAGGGACUCGGUGGUUUGA